CGGCUUUUCUUUCUCUGUGCACACAGGGCUGGAUGCAAGUCUCUCCGAAGAACUGGUGGCAAAGCAAGCGUUUUGGGGAUCGCUCCUGUGGCUGCUCUGUAGCGCCGACUUCCUCUCUCUAUAUGUUCAGAUAUACAUGCGGGCUUAUUUAUUUAUUCUAACUCUCCCUCUCGCGCUCGCAACCUGUGGACUUGGGUUCUGACUGGUGCGGCGAGGAGGGAGGCUGGUGGGCACGCACUCCGGCGCCCGACCGGGGGGCGCCUGGUCGCAGUCUUCGGAGGCAAGUCCCCCGUUCCGGCUCCUCCGGCGGGGUCGGGACUUAACUGCGCCCGGGGAAGGAAACCAUGACGGUGCCCUUCUGCCCCGCGCCUUUCUGUCCCCCUUUAGCUCCCAUCCUUAAUUGACGAGCCAGUGACUAUUGGCUGAAGUUCCCCAGUGAUUUGCAUGAACAGAGAGGGAGUGUCUUCCGCCGCCCUCCCGCCAGGAGCGAGCUGACUGCAGCCUCCCUGGGAAUGCGCGGCCGAGGGAAUGCGCGCAGCUCGCGGGCCCUGGCAGUGAGCUGGUGCCCGGCGACCUGGCUCCCGCGCCUGGAUAUGGGGCGUCUAAGUCGUCCCAGGAGCAGCAUCAGCCACAGAAACCUGCCGCCUCUGUUUCUGUUUGUCCUCUUCGUGGGACCCUUCAACUGCCUCGCGAGUUACAGCCGGGCCACGGAGCUUCUGUACAGCCUGAACGAGGGACUGCCCGCGGGGGUGCUCAUCGGCAGCCUGGCCGAGGACCUGCGGCUCGUACCCCGCGCCGCCGGGAGGCAGGACCAGUUGUCGCAGGUACCGGAGCGCCCCGUCGCGGAGCGGAACCCCCCUCUCUCCUUCAGCCUGGCCUCCCGGGGACUGAGUGGCCAGUACGUGACCCUGGACAACCGCUCCGGGGAGCUGCACACUUCUGCCCAGGAGAUCGACCGGGAGGCCCUGUGUCUUGAAGGAGGUGGAGGAGCCUGGGGCGGCAGCAUUUCCAUCUCCUCCUCCCCUUCCUCUGACUCUUGUCUUUUGCUUUUGGAUGUACUGGUCCUGCCUCAGGAAUACUUUAGGUUUGUGAAGGUGAAAAUCGCUAUCCGGGACAUCAAUGACAAUGCCCCGCAGUUCCCCGUUUCCCAAAUCUCGGUUUGGGUCCCAGAAAAUGCACCUAUAAACACCCGGCUGGCCAUAGAGCAUCCUGCCAUGGACCCAGAUAUAGGCACGAACGGGGUGCAGACCUACCGCUUACUGGACUACCAUCGCAUGUUCACCUUGGAUGUGGAGGAGAAUGAGAAUGGGGAGCGCACUCCCUACCUAAUUGUCAUGGGUCUGUUGGAUAGGGAGACCCAGGACCAGUACGUGAGCAUCAUCAUAGCGGAGGAUGGCGGGUCUCCACCCCUGUUGGGCAGCGCCACCCUCACCAUCGGCAUAACUGACAUUAAUGACAAUUGCCCUCUCUUCACGGACUCACAAAUCAAUGUCACUGUGUUUGGGAAUGCUACAGUGGGCACCCCGGUUGCAGCGGUCCAGGCCGUGGAUAAAGACUUGGGAACCAAUGCUCAGAUCACUUAUGCUUACAGCCAGAAAGUUCCACAAGCAUCCAAGGAUUUAUUCCAUCUGGACGAAACCACGGGAGUCAUUCAACUUUUCAGUAAGAUUGGGGGAAGUGUUCUGCAAACGCACAAGCUCACCAUCCUUGCUAACGGGCCAGGCUGCAUCCCUGCUGUGACCACAGCCCUGGUGACCAUUAUCAAAGUCAUCUUCAGGCCACCUGAAAUUGUUCCUCGUUAUAUAGCAAAUGAGGUAGAUGGUGUUGUUUACCUGAAAGAACUGGAGCCUAUUAACACUCCGAUUGCAUUCUUCACCAUAAGAGAUCCAGAAGGUAAAUACAAGGUGAACUGCUACCUGGACGGUGAAGGACCAUUUAGGUUAUCACCCUACAAACCGUACAAUAAUGAAUAUUUGCUGGAAACCACAAAACCGAUGGACUAUGAGCUACAGCAGUUCUAUGAAAUAGCUGUGGUAGCCUGGAACUCUGAGGGAUUUCAUGUCAAAAAAAUUAUUAAAGUGCAACUUUUAGAUGACAAUGACAAUGCUCCUAUUUUCCUGCAGCCCUUGCUGGAACUAACUAUUGAAGAAAACAACGCGCCCCAUGCCUUUUUGACUAAGCUGUACGCGACGGAUGCUGACAGUGAAGAGAGAGGCCAAGUUUCCUAUUUCCUGGGACCUGAUGCCCCCUCAUAUUUUUCCUUAGACAGUGUCACAGGAAUUCUGACAGUUUCCACUCAGCUGGACCGAGAAGAGAAAGAAAAGUACAGGUACACAGUCAGAGCUGUUGACUCUGGAAAGCCACCCAGAGAAUCAGUUGCCACUGUGGUUCUCACUGUGCUGGAUAAAAAUGACAACAGCCCUAGGUUUAUCAACAAGGACUUCAGCUUUUUUGUGCCAGAAAACUUUCCAGGAUAUGGUGAAAUUGGGGUAAUUAGUGUCACAGAUGCCGAUGCUGGACGAAAUGGAUGGGUUGCCCUCUCGGUGGUGAACCAAAGUGAUAUUUUUGUCAUAGACACAGGGAAGGGCAUGUUGAGAGCUAAAGUCUCUUUGGACAGAGAGCAGCAAAGCUCCUAUACGUUGUGGGUCGAAGCUGUUGAUGGGGGUGAGCCGGCCCUCUCUUCGACUGCAAAAAUCACAAUUCUCCUUCUAGAUAUCAAUGACAACCCUCCUCUGGUUCUAUUUCCUCAGUCCAACAUGUCCUACCUGUUGGUACUGCCUUCUACUCUCCCCGGCUCCCCAGUUACAGAGGUCUACGCCGUUGACAAAGACACAGGCAUGAAUGCUGUCAUAGCUUAUAGCAUCAUAGGAAGAAGGGGUCCUAGGCCUGAGUCCUUUAGGAUUGACCCUAAAACCGGCAACAUUACUUUGGAAGAGGCAUUGCUGCAGACAGACUAUGGACUCCAUCGUUUACUGGUGAAAGUGAGUGACCAUGGUUAUCCCGAACCUCUCCAUUCCACAGUCAUGGUGAACCUGUUUGUCAAUGACACUGUCAGUAACGAGAGCUACAUUGAGAGUCUUUUAAGAAAGGAACCAGAGAUUAAUAUAGAGGAGAAAGAACCACAGAUCUCAAUAGAACCAACUCAUAGGAAAGUUGAGGCUGUGUCCUGUGUGCCCACCCUAGUGGCUCUGUCUGUAAUAAGCUUGGGUUCUAUCACACUUGUAACAGGGAUGGGCAUAUACAUCUGUUUAAGGAGAGGGAAAAACCAUCACAGGGAAGACGAAAAUUUGGAAGUACAAAUUCCACUCAAAGGAAAAAUUGACUUGCAUAUGAGAGAGAGGAAACCAAUGGCUAUUUCUAAUAUUUGAUAUUUCAUCAUGGAAUAAGACAAAGAUGUUUUAGCUGACUUUGGGUAGUCUUCAUCACCUUAAACAAGAGUGUGUAGAUGACAGUUCCAAUGAAGGACGACUAAUUUAUAAGUUGUACUAUAUUGUAAGUAAGCUGUUUACAGGUUUUUAAAUUCAAAAUCAGAGGUUAUAAAAUGUGUACAGCAUUUUUUAAUGAAAAUGAGUACUAACAGCUAUACAACUGUUAUUAAAAAAAAAAAAAAAAAGCUUGGACAUGAUUUGCAGCUUUCAUUCACCAAGCAGAAUGAAAGAACCUGGGAAUAAGGUAAGAAAAUGGUACAUUGCAUUUUUUUGUCUAAAAAGUCCUUUAACCACAAGAGGGCAUCAGCUGCUCCUUUGCAGGGAACUGUUUUGAGGUAUUGUACAGGACAGUUGUUGUACAUGAAAUUAAUGAAAGAGUAUAUUUUAAAUAUAUUGUUUUUACCAUUUAAGAGAUAUGAAAUUGAAAUAAACUGAAUUUCACCGCACUUCAAUGUAUGAUAAGAAAGAAAAGAAAUGCAUUUGUAAACAGAAUGUUUAUUACCUCACAAGUACAUCAGGUAUAGUUGGAAAGAGAAGGCAUCACAAAGAAGUGCAAUUUGUUUUUAGCAAAAGGGUGAAAACAUGGCUACAUGUUAAAGAGUUGACCUGCUGAAGAGUAUUUCACUUUCUGUGUACUCAGAUUGCUUUUUGUUCCCUUUACCACUGCACUUGCCAGUAUUACAGGGGAAAUGUGUAUAUUCUCCCUUAUAGACAUUGUAACUGGAAAUUGUGUCCAAGGGAAACAGCCAGGAGCAAAGACCUGUUUCAAUCCUUAGUUGCUUCGUAGGCGUUCACAACAGUUUGGUGCUUUGACAACUCGUCAGUAGUAGUUCAUACUUGGGUUAUAUAUUAGGUUUUUAUGUGCUUGAACUCAUUUAUCACAUGAGAAAAUAAAAAUCAUAUUAAAACGGAAUUAUUCUAGAAGCUAGUGUACACUACCAGUUGUUUUAGUUGGGCCCUUUAUAGAAAAGUUAUACUUAUCUUUUUGUUGUUGUUUGGGUUUGUUGGCUACCAUUUCUGGCUUCCUUUCUUUGGCUUUGGAUUAGGUCCAAGAGUUUAUUUGUAAGCCCAGCAGCAGAUUUCUUUGAUAACUUAGCUUUUACUGAAUCCUUUGCCAUGAAGCAAGCUGGUUCCUUAGUGAUUGAUCUCUUUCACUUCAUUGUGUUGAGCUGGGAAUUUUAUUUGAUAUGAGAGCUAUAGCAAAAUAUCUGUGUAAACAAGGAAUAUGUUAGCUUAAGCUGCAUCGUUCUACUUUUUUGGCCUCAUGUGUCUUACUGUACCAAACGUGUUUAUAUGUCUGCAAAUUAAAGGUAUAUAUUUUCAUAAUUUCUUUCUCAUUUUUACCAUUUAUAUUUGAACGUGGGCUUGUUCUUUCACUGAAGUGCCUGUUAUUGGCAUUUGUUUGCUUUUAAAGGUAAAUGUGGGUAAAGUGUAAAUAUUCUGUUUGCUAAAGUUUAUAUUAAACUAAUUCAUUACUCAAUUAAACAUUGGGUAAAUCACUGAAUAUGUGUGUAAAUAGAGACACAUACGUAUGAUAGAGAGUAUGCCUAGAUGUUUGACAGGCGUUCAUAUGAAAAUUUAUGCCCAUGCAUGUGCACAUGCAUAUUAAUUUUCGGCUUAGUAUCAACUAUAAACAUUCAUUUUACUACAUACUUCUGACAAAUCCCUUGUUAGCUGUGUUACAAUAGCUUUCAAUACAUUUUAAAAAUACAUUGCAAAAAAAAAAAAUUGAAUGCAAACACCCAGGACCUUUUGAAUUUGUAUUAACUCAUUUUUCUUGUUUUCUUCGGUCUGACAAUUUGAAUAAAUAAAAUAAGUGUAGGAGGCAGUACUGUUUGUUACAAAAAGGAAAUAUAUUUUUAUUGGAGAUUCCUUCUGUAUGAGAGGCACCUGAGCUUAGAAACUAAGAUCAUUUAACCCCCAAAACCUUUCAUUCAUAAUUGAUGUAUAGCAAUGGAGGAAACCAUCCUCUACCAAUCAUUUUCAUAUCUUCUUUCCCUUUUUUAAAGGAAGGAACUACCUAUGAAAUAAGUAGCACCAUUAAUUAAAAAAAAAAAUCCUCCUAAGUGCAGUGAUUUCACCAUGAGUAUAAGUAACAAAAUAUUCUAUUUAUUUCUAAAUUUGAAGAAAGUUCAUGUGUUUGGGGGUAUAGGCUUUGUCUCUAGCACAAGAAAUGCCUAUAACAUUAAUAAAAAGACAUAUUUCUGAAUAACUUCUUGUGCCAGGAUUUCCUUUACAAAAACAUCUCAUUCACAUUAAAAGCAUUUAUAACAAGGAAAGUUAAAGUAAAUUAAGCUCAAAGAUAAAAGCCCCUUUUUACUAACACCUUGUGCUAGAACAGUUGCCAAAAUGUAUGCUAAUCAUGUCAAUGUUGUUAGUUGAGCUGGCACAAAAAUAAAUGUUCCAUUCAUUAAAAACCCUAAUAUCCAUUUAACAGUUUGAGAACCAGUGAAUCCUCUUUGCCCAAUUUAAUGAAGAAGAGACUGCUCUGAUCUUUGCACUGCCAGAGCCAUUCUUAUAUUACAGAGAAAAUUGUUCAUUAAUUUGGAUUGGGAAAUUUAAAAGCAACAUAGCAAUUUCAGCUAUGGGGAAAAAACAAUUUGUUAGUUGAGUCUUCAGAGUAGAUUCCCUGACCCUAUUAAAAAAAAAAAAAAAAGUUGUCUCGGCAGUUACGCUUCGAUCAGUGGUGGUUAAAAAGGAAAAAAAAUAGAUCCUUCUUUUAAAACAGUUUUAGUGGUACGAGUGUAAUGAAAAUAAUAGCCAAAUCCUUUGUGUUUUGUGUGUUCUGCAUGUGUUUUAUGAAAACAACAGGCAUAAUCUUACUAUGAAAAACACCACUGAAGCAGUAUUAGGGAUGGUAUGAAGUUGACUUGAUUCCAGUAGGUUACCUCAUAGGGAUUCCAAUUUGUGCUCCCAGAAAAUGUCUCAGUUAACAACUGUAAAAGGAGGAACUAUGCAAUCCUCUCCUGUGUCAAUGGAGACUCAGGUUCCAGUCUCUGGUGAAGUGAAGAUUCUAUGGGGUCCUGAUCUUCGAUAGACCAUGGAGGAUGUAAGGGAAGACAGUACUGAACAUAGGGUGCUUUUCAACUCAACAUUGGGCAAUCUCAACUCACAGACGCCAGAGGGCAUAGAUAUCUGAGCAUUUUCUUCCCUCUAAGUUAGAUUUUCUCACUUCAAGAAAGCAGUCAAUUGCUACAAAAUACCAUUUUGCUGACUUGUGCAAUCUCUGCCUAGCUAUGUGCCUUCACAGUGUGAAUUAUAAAUAAAUCUUUAUUAAAAGGUAGAGAAAUGACAGUCAUGCAAAUAGACUUGAAGCAGGAAAAAAAUUUUUUUUAAAUUGGUAAUUUCUCAGAGAAAAGACCUCCUGUAAUGUCUUUUCUAGUUGUCUCUACAUCUGAUAAGAAAAGAUCAUACGUAUUUUUCGGAUCAAUAUAUGCAUACAUGCAUACAGUCUAUAAUAAUUUUCUAAAUGUCAAUCAUUGUACAGAAUUGUUUUUAAAAUGGUAGCAUUUUUUUCCUCUGAUAAACCCCUAAAUUGGGAAUGCAUUCCUUUAUGGGUAUAGAACAAAAUUGGAUGAAAUUUAAGCCUUAACCCACUAAUGUCAAGAAGUAAGAGUACUGGGGUGACUAAAAAAACAAAACAAAACAAAACCAUUCAUUCAUUCAUUCCAUUCAUAUUUAUUUUAGUACUCUUAAUUACCAGGGAUUUAACUGAGAACAAGACAGAGUCUUCGACCCUCGAUGACUUUAGAUUAUGGUGCGGAAGGCCAAUAAGAAAACCCAUCAAUUUCAAAACAUUGUGUGGGAUAAAUGUCUACUCCCAGGAUGUCAAGUGAACAGGACCUAACCCAAUUUGAGAAAGUGCUGGAGAAAGCUUCCCAAAGAGGCCAAUUUCUAAUUUGGGCCCUCUCAAAGGAGGUGAUGUCUAAUUGAAAAAUUUAGCCAGGGGAAGUUGGCAGAGGAGAGAGAAGGGCACAAGGAAGAGGGAAUAACGUACAAGCACACAGGCCAAAGUGAGCAUGUCAUGAUUGAAGACUCAUAAUAUUUGUGGCUGAAGGAAUGAAGAGAAUGAAUAACGAGCUUGGAGCUGUAGGUGUACUGAAAAUAAUGAAGGGGCUUACUUGGAGGUGGCAUUUUAUCCCAUAGAAUUUGUGUUUUAAAAAGAUCAUUUUGGGAGCACCUGGGUGGCUCAGUCAUUUA